GUUUCGGAGCCAUUCCUGCCGUUAUUUUUGUGGGAUUUAUUCCCGUUUAUUCCCGUUUUCCAUGGCAGGACGGGCCGCGCUUGGCACCGGGGAUAUCUCUGGAUUUGGGGCAUGUCGGAGCGAUCCCUGCGGUUCUUUCCGUGGGAUUCAUUCCCGCCUAUUCCCGUGUAUUCCCAGGCGCGCUUUGCACCGGGAAUAUCCCGGGAUUUGGGGUUUUUCCAGGGAUUCCUGCCGCGGGGUUGGCGCCGCCGCCUUGCCCCGGGUUCGCAGCCUCGGGCGGGAUUUGCUUUAAUCGCCUUUGGGGAUUUGCGGGAAUUGCCUCUUCCGGGAGCGGCUGCCCGCACGUUUUGGGGGAUUUGUGCCUAUCCAGGGAAUCGAUGCAACUCCAGCUUGCAGGAUCUGUGCACAUCCAGGGAAUCCAUGCAAUCCCAGGAUUUCUGCACAUCCAGGGAAUCCCUGCAAUCCCAGGUUGCAGGAUUUGCUGCGGGAUUUUUUCCGCCGUGAAUGAUUUAUCCCCAUUUCCUCUUGCAGCACGGGCUGCAGUUGCAUUUUCCAGGAUUAAUUCCCUUUUCCAGGACCUGUUGCCGUUCUGAAUUUCAGGGUUUGUUUGUAUUAAAGGAUUUCUCAGAGUUUCACAGCUCAGCACUUGCUGCCUCCACGUUUUCCAGGAUUUUUUGCAUUUUCCAGGACUUUUUGCUGUUCUAAAUUGCAGGGUUUUUUCCCAUUGAAGGAUUUAUCCCAAUUUCAUAUCUCAGCCCUUGUUGAAAUCACAUUUUCUGGGAAUAUUUGAAUUUUCCAUGACUUGCUGAUAUUCCAAACCCUGGGAUUCGUUCCCUUUGGAAGGUUUCACCCCAGUUCCACAUCCCAGCCCUUGCUGAGGUGGCAUUUCCAAGGAAUAUUAAAUAUAUUUAAAUUUUAUGGGAAUAUUUGAAUUUUCCAGGAAUGUUUGAAUUUUCCAUGACUCGCUGAUAUUCCAAACCCCAGGAUUUGUUCCCUUUGAAGGUUUUACACCAGUUCCACACCCCAGCCCUUGCUGAGGUGGCAUUUUCCAGGAAUAUUUGUAUUUUCCAUGACUCGCUGGUAUUCCAAACCCCAGGAUUUGUUCCCUUUGGAAGGUUUUAACCAGUUCCACAUCCCAGCCCCUGCUGAGGUUGCGUUUUCUAGGAAUAUUUGAAUUUUCUGGGAAUAUUUGAAUUUUCCAUGACUCGCUGAUAUUCUAAACCCCGGGAUUUUUUCCCUUUGGAAGGUUUCACCCCCCAUUUCAAAUCCCAGCCCUUGAGGUGGCGUUUCCCAGGAAUAUUUGAAUUUUCUGGGAAUAUCUGAAUGUCCCAUGACUUGCUGCUAUUCCAAACCCCAGGAUUCAUUCCCAAUUAAAGGAUUUCCCCCAGUUCCACAUCCCAGCCCCUGCUGGGGCGGCGUUUCCCGGGCACGCGUGUGUUCAGCCGCGCUCCCGGCGGAAUUCCGCGUCCCUGACCCCGCUCCCCGUUCCAGCUCGGCCCCGCGCGGCGCCGCCUCCUUCCAGGCUCAGGCCUCGCCGGGGGUGAAGCUGUGGGUGCUGCACGAGGCCCGGAGCGUGAAGCUGCCCUCGAGCGUCGGGCGCUGGCCCCUGGGCGCGCGGCCCGAGCUGCUGCUGGCCAUGGAGCAGCCCAGCAAGGACGUGGGCGACGAGAAGGUCAGGAUUUCCUAUUUCCGUGAGGACGGCGGGGUUCCCGCGGGCCGGGCCGUGCUCUACCUCACCUGCGUGGAGGUGUCACUGGACGCUGACGUCACCCGCAGCGGGGCCGUGUGCCGGACACUGCUGGACAAGGCCAGCUGGACGUGGGGUCCCGAGGGUCACGGGGCCGUGCUCCUCGUCAACUGCGACCGCGACGACCCCGGCGCCGAGGGCCUGGACAACGAGGACGGCGCCGUGCGCUCCUACAAUGACCUGCAGGACAUGGCACAGCUGGUGCUGAGGACGCGCGGGCCCCGCGCCACCUUCGCCGGGCACCGCCUGCUGCUGCACCUGGACUUCGGCCACGCCGACAAGAUCAGGGUUUUCUACGGGGGCAAUGGCACCGAGCUGGAGAUGUUCCAGCCCGUCCUGGGGGGCUCCAAGCUGAGCUACAGCGUGCGGCCGAGCCGGCACCACCACGAGAGCGUCUUCUACGUGGAGGGCCUGGCCUUCCCCGACGUGGGAUUCUCGGGCCUCGUGUCCCUGCAUGUCACCCUGCUCGAGAGCCCUGGAAAGGGCCUCCUGGAGUCACCGAUCUUCACGGACACCGUGGUGUUCCGUGUGGCUCCCUGGAUCAUGACGCCCAACACGGCGGCGCCGCUCGAGGUCUUUGUCUGCAGCGUGGCCAAGAACGAGGAGUUUGUGGCGGCCGUGGGCGCGCUGGCCGAGCGGGCGCGGUGCCCGCUGACCGUGUGCCCGGCGCCGCAGAACCGCCAGGACCGCUGGAUCCAGGAUGAGAUGGAGUUCGGCUACAUCCAAGCCCCCCACAAGACCCUCCCCGUGGUCUUCGACUCGCCCCGGGACCUUGGCCUGAAGGAUUUUCCUGUCAAGAGCAUCCUGGGCCCCGAUUUUGGCUACGUGGCCCGGCCGGCUCCAGAGGGCGUUUCCAGCCUGGAUUCCUUCGGGAAUCUGGAGGUGAGCCCGCCCGUGACGGUGCGGGGCAAGGAGUACCCCUUGGGGCGCAUCCUGAUCGGCAGCAGCUUCCCCAGGGUGGGCGGCCGCAGGAUGGCCAAGGCCGUGCGGGAUUUCCUGCUGGCCCAGAAGGUGCAGGCGCCCGUGGAGCUCUUCUCGGACUGGCUCAGCGUCGGGCACGUGGACGAGUUCCUGAGCUUCGUCCCUGCGCCCGACCGGAAGGGAUUCCGGCUGCUCCUGGCCAGCCCCAGCGCCUGCUACCAGCUCCUGAAGGAGAAGCAGGAGGAGGGGUUCGGCGAGGCCGCGAUGUUCCAGGGGCUGGACAGGGUGCCCAAGCCAACCAUAAACGAGAUCCUGGCUAACGAGGAGCUCCGCAAGUUCAACGACUACGCCCAGAGCUGCAUCAGCUGGAACCGGGACAUCCUGAAGCGCUCGCUGGGCCUGGCCGAGCCGGACAUCCUGGACAUCCCGCAGCUCUUCCGGAGCAACGCCACCUCGGAGGCCGAGGCUUUCUUCCCGGACAUGGUAGUAGCACCCCUGACCUCCCCGGGGUGGGAUUGGGGUUGGGAUCAGGGUUAGGGAUGGGGCCGGGAUGUUACCAGAUGGGAUUGGGGCCGGGAUCGGGGCUGGGAUGUUCCCUGAUGGGAUUGAGGUUCCUCUGGCCGGAAUGGGACUGGGAUGCUCCCUAGGGUGAGAUCGGGACUGGGGCUGGGAUGUCCCCAAGCCAGGAUCGGGGCUGGGAUGUUCCCUGAUGGGGUCAAGGUUUCCCCAGGGUGGGAUUUGGGCUGUGUUGUUCCCUGAUGGGAUUGAGCCGGGAUGCUCCCUGGGGUGGGGUCAGGCUGGGAUCUCCCCAGGGAGGAAUCAGGGCCAGGAUGUUCCCUGAUGGGAUCGGGGCUGGGAUGUCCCUGGAGUGGGAUCAGGGCCGGGAUAUUCCCUGGGCUGGGAUGUGUCCUGCUGGGAUGAGGAUGUGCCCUGAUGGGAUGGGGAUGUCCCUGGGCUGGGAUGUGCCCUGAAGGGAUAAGGAUGUGCCCUGAAGGGAUGGGGAUGUGCCCUGGAGAGAUGGGGCUGUGCCCUGCUGGGAUGAGGAUGUGCCCUGAAGGGAUGGGGCUGUCCCUGGGCCGGGAUGUGCCCUGGGGUGGGAUUGGGGCCGGGAUGUCCCUGGGCUGGGAUGUGCCCUGCUGGGAUCAGGAUGUUCCCCGAAGGGCUGGGGCUGUCCCUGGCCGCUCCCUGCUGCACUCCCCGU